CAUCCACAUCCACAGCCGCAGCCGCAGACGUGAGCACCACUGGAGGCAGUCGCGCUGCAGAGCCGGGGCUUGUUUGGAGAAACUCUGGCUGAUGUUACGCGACGGAGAGGGAAGAGAGAAGCAAGGAGCUGGGCGGGCAUGACAUGUGAGCCAAGUCUGCACAGAUACAACAAAUGCCCAAAGUGUGGAGCAUGCGGCAGGGGCGGGUCAAUGCUCAGAGGAACCUGGCACAGGUGAAUGAGGGCGCAUCUGCAGAUUUUUGGCUUCCUUCCACCCCCCUCUUUGGCAUCUCCCCACGGUGAGAGGACACACAGGCGGCUGCUGUAGCUUCCUUGUGCCCGUUGUCAGCCUGCUUCGGGUCUGGCAGGCGUCAAGGUGCAGGGACGGAUGAAGCGUCGCUGUUUCCAUUAACUAACGGACCAAACAGUGGCGCGCUGGAAAACGUGACGGCUUCGUCCAGUGACCGCAGACACUCUCACAACACGCACAGACCCACAGGGGAGACACAGACACUAUGUCAAAGGAGACCAGAGGAAAAGGAUCACGAAAGCACAGCGCCACUCAUUGGUGUCUGCAGAAUAUCGCACAAGAGUCAGUCGACAGCUCUGAUGAGGAGUUUUUUGACGCCAGAGCAGAUGUUAUGGAGGGGAAGAGUGCCAUCCUGCUGGGCAUGAGUCAGUGGAACUCAAAUGACCUAGUGGAGCAGAUUGAAACUCUGGGACACAUGGAGGACCAGUCACAUGAAGGCCUGUACCAGCUUGGUGGUCCACGCUGUGCCCCUCAGAGCAGCAUUGAAGGACUGGAGGACAUAGAGAAUAAAUGCAAGACCCAUGUGCUGCUGCUUGUCGUGCAUGGCGGAAACAUCUUAGACACAGCAGGCGGAGACCCGAGCACAAAGGCCGGUGAUGUGGACACCCUGGCGUCAGUGCUGGAGAAGGUGACCAGGGUGCACUUCCAGGCUGCAGCUGAACAUGUCAUGAUCAAACUUGUGCCAUGUCCAGCUGUGUGUGCGGAAGCCUUCUCUCUGGUGUCAAACCUCAAUCCGUACAGCUAUGAUGAGAGCUGUGUGUCCAGUAGCGUCGACCACCUUCCCCUGGCAGCCCUCCCCCUCCUCGCCAUUGUGUCACCACGUUACCAGGAUGCUGUGGCGACCGUGAUCGCCAGGGCCAACCAGGUCUACCACAGCUUCCUGCAGUCAGAGGACGGUCAGGGGUUCUCGGGUCAGGUAUGCCUGAUGGGCGACUGCGUGGGAGGGGUGCUCUGUUUUGACGCUUUGUGCUUCAGUAACCACCAGAGGCCUGGCAGCCCCAACAACAGCAGCAGGAACAACAGCACUGAGAGCCUGAGGGAUAAUUCAGGCCUGCUUGGGGAGUGCAGUCCAGGUCUGAGUUCUAGCAAGAGGCUGAGCAAGAGCAACAUCGAUAUUUCUGCUCCGAAUGAUGGCCAUGGACAGAGUGGGCCGCCGCUCAGCCGCAAGCAAAGUGACUCAUAUGACGGAGACACCUCAUCCACGGGCCAGCACAGCUUUUUUUCCAGUUUGAUGAAAGAGGGUGUCGAGGUGCGUGGUGGCAGUAGCACCAGUCUGGUGUUGAACCCAGGCCGGUUUGACUUUGAGGUGUCAGACUGCUUCCUGCUGGGCUGCCCGCUGGGCCUGGUGCUGGCUAUGAGGCGGACUGUGCUGCCUGCUGUGCAGGUGAGCCAGCUUCAUCCAGCCUGCUCUCAGAUUUUCAACCUGUUUUACCCUUCGGAUCCUUCGGCCUCCAGACUAGAACCCCUGCUUCAGCCUCUUUUUCACAAGUUGCCACCAUUUGCUGUGCCCCGCUAUCAGCGCUAUCCUCUAGGAGAUGGACGCUCAAUGCUCAUAGCGGAAAGUAUCCAAGGUCACUCAAAUGUGUUUUUGGAAGGUGAGCAAGGUUCGUCUCUCCAUCCGUCCUCUGAGACAAAGACUGAAGGAGAAGAGCAGGGAGGACGCAGAGCCAGUGUGACCAGUGUGGAAAGUGAAACGUCGAUUUGCUCUAUGGGCCAGCUGGGCAACACCAUCGCUAACAUUUCCAGUAGCUGGUGGGGCUCCAAACGACUGGACUAUGCGCUGUACUGCCCUGAUGUGCUGACGGCCUUUCCAACAGUAGCUCUGCCUCACCUUUUUCACGCCUCCUACUGGGAGUCCACAGAUGUAGCAGCUUUUGUGCUCAGACAGCUCAUGCGGUGUGACUGUGUGAAGACCCAAGAAGCUGACAAUUUGGACUCGGCUCCGUUCUCGCCUUCCAGCCCACGGGAAAAAUGGCUCAGAAGGAGGACACAUGUCAAACUAAGGAAUGUUACCGCCAACCACCGGGUAAAUGACAUAAUAGCCACAGAGGACGGACCCCAGACCCUGGUGGGCCGCUUCAUGUACGGCCCCUUAGACAUGGUUACUCUCACUGGGGAGAAGGUGGAUGUUCUGCUCAUGACACAACCUCAGUCUGGCCGUUGGGUCCACUUUGACACAGAGGUGACCAACAGCAGUGGCAGGAUCACGUAUACUAUACCCAAGAGCAAGAAGCUCGGCCUGGGAGUCUAUCCAAUCAAAAUGGUGGUCAAGGGAGAUCAAACAAGUGCAGAGGCCUACCUGACUGUCUUGCCAGGAGGCAUGGAGUGUGUGGUCUUCAGUAUCGAUGGCUCUUUUGCUGCCAGUGUGUCAAUCAUGGGCAGUGACCCUAAGGUCCGCCCUGGAGCUGUGGAUGUGGUCAGGCAUUGGCAGGAUCUGGGCUAUCUGAUCAUCUACAUCACAGGGCGCCCUGAUAUGCAGAAACAGCGUGUGGUAUCUUGGCUCUCUCAACACAAUUUUCCUCAUGGGAUGAUCUUUUUUUCCGAAGGCCUGGUUCAUGAUCCUCUGCGCCAAAAGACCAUCUUCCUCAGGAACCUCAUUCAAGAGUGUCACAUUAAGAUCAACUCUGCUUAUGGCUCCAUGAAGGACAUCUCUGUUUACAACAUGCUCGGCCUCAGCCCUUCACAGAUUUAUAUUGUUGGCAGACCUUCAAAGAAGUAUCAAAACCAGUGCCAGUUCCUGAGUGAAGGCUAUGCAGCGCAUCUCUCCACCCUUCAAUUUGGGCACCGAGCGAGACCCAAGAAGUCCCCUUCAGUUCGUAUGGUCUUAAGGAAAGGGUCAUUUGGGCUUUCAGCAAAGCCUGACUUUCUGUGUAAACGCACCCACCUCCGUAGGACCAUGUCAGUCCAACAGCCUGACCCGCCGUGCACUCCCAACCCCAAACCUGAACGAGCCCAGAGCCAGCCAGAAUCCGAUAAGGACCAUGGUGGAGGAGGAGGAGGAGGAGGAGGAGCCGGUGGAGGUGGAAGUGGCAGCGGACAUGGUCCAUGGGGACGGGCCUCCAUGCAUCGUGGAGACACCACCCCCUGACGUCAGAAAAGAGAUGGAAGGUUUGCAGGAGGAUUGUAAUGCUGCAGAACAAGGAGUAUUAAGUCCAGGGCCAAGAGUCACUUCUACAGACGGUACAUGUACAUUGGAUCCUCACUGAUACAGCUCAGCUUUACCUCCUGCUUGGCCCUCAACGCUUUGCCUCCUGCUCAUCUCUUUUCUCUGACCUGCUUGAUGGAUAAGUCAUUGUGCCUAAAAUUAUGAGGAGCUGCCAGGGAAGGCAAUGAUUUUGCAAUGUCCAGAUCAAGAAAUUCUAUCUGAUGAAAUUGUAAAAUCAAGAGAAUGUACUUAGGAUUGUAGAUGUACUCAUGCAUUCAUGCACUCACACUUUAUAAGAAGAAUAAUGUGUCCAUAGCGUGGUGACUGAAAGCCUGUUGAGACUGUCUGAGCCUAACUCUGGACCAGGACAGACUGCCACGCCAACGGGAGGUCAUGUUGACUAAACCUGGACUAAACCUGGCCCAAUGUAAAUACCCUGUAAACAUCAUCCCUGCAUUGGCCUCUGGAAAACACAAACACUGUGACAUUUCUGUUCAUGAGCUCCGCGAUCUGGAGCAGAAUUAGCUGACCUCCGCCUCCAUUUCACUAGAACUGGUAGAUGUCUCCCUGUUGCUGUGACUGCCCCCCCUCUCACCCCUCCCUCACCCCCCGCCCCGUAACCAGUCAGGCAGAACAUGCCUCUCGACAGCCACCUCAGACGGGGUCCACAGCCACUGAACCACUGGGGUGUGCAUGGUUCAGUCCCUGAGGUCGCAUUUGCACUAUUGAAGCACACCGCAGUGGUUCCCGAUUUAGCUGCAGUUCUUGCUUCAAAAGCAAAGAGUUGUGUGUGUGUAUUUUAUUGUAUUUAUAUUGUCUUUCCUGCAAAUUGUUGCUGCUUGUCAGGUACUAAACUACUGGAUGAUUAAACACGUAAAGCUUGUAGGAAAGUGUUGACUGACCAAAAAAUGUUUACAGAUUGAUAGACAUUGUAUAAAGUAAUCAGAACUUAUCUAUCUAUAUAACUGAAAGUUUAAUUACUGUAAAUGGGAACUCUAGUGUAGUUGCUUGGUAGUUGCAGUAGCUUGCAGGAUAUUGUACAAUAAAGCUAAUGUUAGUUGAAAUUCUACAGAUGCCUUCGUGCGUCCAUUUAUUACAGCUGCACUGGAACCAAUAGAUUUGUGAUGAAAUCUGAAACUGUCUUGUGCACUUUGAGAUUGAAUUAAGUUUUACUGUGGCCAUGUUAAAACUCUGUGCAAGUCAAACAUAUUUUUCUAUGAGGAAAUAUUGUAAAUAGAAAUAUUUUCAAUGUAUGUUUUGGAAUUUUUCGUUGUUUGACUUGUUGACUUAGUAGAUUUUGCCUUACAUUGUUUUCGAUGUUGUGUAGAGAUGCUAAAUUAUUUUAUUCAUUUGACCAAAGUUUUGAGUUUUGCUGGUCCUUCAUGACAAAGUGCAUUUUUAUCUAGUUGAUAUUGCUUUGACGUGUUUUAGAUACUGUGUGUGUGAUAGUAUGUGUGUGUACGUGAGGGAGUGCGUAGCUGUAGAGUUGUUAUCAUUGUAAACACGACAUGACGGCUAAUAUUAUGACAAAUAAGACCUCUGCAGAGCAGUCAGAGGACGUAAGAAGGCCAGUGUUAACAUUCCUGAAUGUAUUUUAUAGAUUUGGAUUUGAGAAGUGUGUCAGAGGAUCCGUAAGAUAAGGUUUUAUACCUGUGAUGAAAGAAAAAGGGCUUACGAGUUCUUAGCGUGUCUCGAUUCAACUGGAAACAUGCAUGGAGGAGUGGAAGGCAUGAAUCAGGAGGGAACUGUCUGUCAUUGCUUGUCUGUACACCCUCGGUGGUCCAGUAAUUAGAUAUUUGAUUACUACUAACUAUGUAUCAUCCCUGUAGUGCCGCCCAGUAAUUGCAGUGCACAGAUUACCAUUACUUGAUAAUUAUAUAAUAUUGUAGUAACAAUAUAUUUAACUUUUGUUUUACAUUUAGAUUGUUAAUACUGAGACAUUGUUAUCCAAUUAACAAAAUGAUCAUCCCCAUCAAAGUGACCAGUCUGUAUAACACUUACUAUAAUCUGCCCUAAUGAUACAAAGGAGGAGGAAAGUAUUCAAGCGAGUUUUAUGACAAGAAUGUUACUAAAUGGCAAAUAUUGAUCUAAUGGUUAAAUGGUGAUUGUGUUGUGCAUGGUAAUUAUUUCAUAUUCUUCAAUAAUGUGACUAUAAACUGUAAUGUUUGUGUUACUCUUUACUAAUAAAAUACUUGUACAUAGGUGGAUACGGAAAUACAUGGAUAUACAGUAGAUACAGUUAAAUUUCAUCAUUAUCAGAAGAUUUUAGCUCAGUGUUAGUGAUGAAAUGUGAUUCAAACAGAAGCAGGGCAUUAUUGAUGAGGACAGUUUAUGGAAAUAUGUACAUUUUCAGAUAUUAUGCUGCAUGUAGCAGGACAUGUUGAAAUUUAUAAAGUGUAUAAUGUCAGAUAAUCUCAGUGUUACAGGAGAGGCAAGAGAACAAGACAUGAUACUAUUGUUGUUGACCUCCUUCAGACUUCAUUACAGGACACAUUGUUUAUGCCACACAAUUUUUAGGCAUUGUCACAUUUAUUUUUUUCCAGACUUAAUUUUUAGGCCAAGGCCUUGUAUUAAUAAUGAGAGAGUCUGACCACUGUGUAAAGUUCAAACAUACUCAAAGAUUCACAUUACAAUACAAUACAGUACAAUACAAUAGGCUUCAUUGUCAUUGUAGAAGAACUGCGAAAUAGGGAGUGCAACUGCAUACUAAAAUAAGAAAACAAACAAGCAGACAAUAUGAAUAAACUAUUAACAGUGUUAAAUGACAUUAUGGUAAUAAAUAGUAGUAACAAAAGCAGGUAAAAAUCUAUCUCACUGCAUUUGAGGAUGACAAUGUGGGUAAAGUGCAAUUAGGUGACGACUGAUUUAUCAACUCGAUGGAUCAGGGGGUUCAGGUCUGGACUCUGUGGUGGACAAUCUGUGUGUGAAAGUGAUGUCUGAAGAUCACAUGACUUAUUCAUUGAAACACAGUUCAAUCUUUAUGCUCUAUAUCAAACUGAUGGUUGUUUAAGAAAUAGGAAACUCAAACUCACUGCAUCAUUUAAAGGGUUAAA